CCAUCGCUGGGUGGAGCUGUUCGUUUUGCCUGCACUUGGAUCGGAUGGCGUGAAAAACACAUUAGCUUCGAUAGCAAUGGCUAAUGUUUACUCUUUAUUUAACUUAGCUGUCCGCUCUCUGUAAGUCAACAUAAAGGUGCGAACUUCUGCUUUCCAUGGCCGUGGGCUGAUGUACACAUCAUGCGACACCAGUGGCUGCUCCUCGGGGCUUGUGGCUGGGUCCUGCUCGUCCUCAUGUUUGUCAGUAAAUUCAUCAGCUUUAAAACUAUUGAAGGUUAUAAGAAGCGACCUGCUCAAAGUUGGACUGUGGGAGAUACAAAGGUGGUGAAACCGGCAUCUGUGCUGAGCGCAUUAGAGCAAAAUCAAACGUCAUCACAUCAGCCCUCAGUUGCGGCCACCGUGUCAGAUUGGCAGGCGAUCUCUGAGAGCCGAAUCGAGCAUCUUUCAGCCGUGUGUAAGAACAGCAGCCUGAGCAAUUUAACUCACGUCUCGAUCAGCAAGUUCGUCCUCGACCGCAUCUUUGUCUGCGACAAGCGCCAGAUCUUGUUCUGUCAGACGCCUAAAGUGGGGAACACGCAGUGGAAGAAGGUGCUCAUUGUGCUCAAUGGAGGUUUUCCCAGCGUGGAAGAAAUCCCAGAAAACCUCGUUCACGACCACGACAAAAACGGCCUGCCCCGCCUAUCGUCAUUCUCCCCGCAGGAAAUAACUCAAAGAUUAAACUCUUACUUUAAGUUCUUCAUCGUGAGAGAUCCCUUCGAACGCCUCAUUUCUGCGUUCAAGGACAAGUUUGUGAAGAACCCCCGCUUCGAGCCCUGGUACAAGCACGACAUCGCGCCGGCCAUCAUACGCAAAUACCGCAGGAACCACCGCGAGAGCGACUUGGCCGCCUCCGGCCUGCACUUUGAGGACUUUGUCCGUUAUCUGGGAGAUGCCGAGGGCCGCCGGCGGAUGGACCGGCAGUUCGGGGAGCACAUCAUCCACUGGGUGACGUACGCGGAGCUGUGCGCGCCGUGCGAAAUAAACUACAGCGUGGUCGGGCACCACGAGACCCUGGAGCACGACGCGGCGUUCAUCCUGAGAGCGGCCGGCAUCCACCAGCUGGUGUCGUACCCGGCCAUUCCUCCGGGCAUCACACGCUACAACAAGACCAAGGUGGAGCACUACUUCUCAGGGAUCAGCAAGCGGGACAUCAGGCGUCUUUAUGCACGAUACCACGGCGACUUCCAGCUGUUUGGUUACCCGACGCCAGAGUUUUUACUUAACUGAAUGGAAAAACUUAACUAGGGUGCUGGUUUUCAGCAUCAUUGCUGCCAUAGGAAGAGCAGACUUUAAAAUGUGUUGCCUACUUUUAUUCCAAUGGUCUUGUUGGAAUAAUUGGGGUGAGCUGUGUUGAGAAUUCUGCUGAAUUAUCAUUUUACUGAAGGAAAGUAGUCGCUAUAAUAAUUAAUGAGAGGUGUAAAUCAAACGAAGAACACAUUUAACGGUUUUAUAUUUAAUAAUCAUGUCUGACUUUUUAUCAUUUGUUAUACAGGCAUAUAGUCCUGUAAAUGUAGCUAUAUUAUUGCACUGUUUGGAUCUCCUGAUUCAGGGAUUCGUUAUGGAUGAUGCUGCAGGUGCAUCUCAGUAAAUUAGAAUACCAUUGAAAUUUACUUUUUUUUUUUUUUUAGCUUAAACAUUGUGUUAUAAUGUUAUUCUCUCAUCAAAAACAUACCAGGAGUGUUGCCUUGAUUAUUUAAUGCAUGUUUGAGAAACCGUUCAAUCUCACAAAAAAGCCCCACAAAAGUUCCCCUUUAAAAGUUUAUUUCAGUUGAACCACCUAUGUAGAUGAAUUAAACAAAUGUAGUAAUUUUUGAUAAACUAUUUAAACUCGUUGGUGAUGUUUUCAGAUGCUGUGCAGCUGCAGAUCCUGUUCUGUUACAAUUGAAGGUCCUCUGGAGAACAAACUGAGCACUUGUGGUUUUUCGUUAAGGUUUUUAUGACUUAUUGAGCAGUGUUAACUUUUUUACAUUUUUAUAAUAAUGAAGUUUGCUUCAACCGAGGCAAACAAAUGUCUUGUCUAGGGGGAAAAAAAACAAAAACCUGCGUAAGGUUAAUAUGGGUGUAAUAAUGAACUGAAAAACUGACUCCCUUUGUGCCGACACUGGAUUUUGAAAGCUACUUUUUUUCUACAAGAAGUGUAACACUUAAAUGUUCUUAACAUGACUUGCAAUUAGACAUUUUUAUUAAAUGUUGAUAUUUAUAUUAGGACUUUGGUGACGAGUGGCUGCAAGUUUUAAAGCAUUAUUGGCUCCCUGUGGGUAGUUGUGUUUGAGAGACUGGGUUUAAAAUAAAGGAGUAAAAUAC